UUUCAGUCCAAAUGGUAUCUGCAGAAGACAAGUUGGCAAAGAGGAUUCUGGCAAGGAAAAAGCAUGACAAAUUGAAGAAAAAAGAUAAGUUGCUAUGGAAUUUUCAAAACAAAAUAAUUCUAUUUACCCUCAUUCUAUUCAUUUUAGGAGUUGUAACAUGGACAUUACUGUGGCUCUUUAUUGGUGAGUUGCUGAAAGUUCAUGCAACUCCAUAUAUCAUUAUCGCCAAUAGUACUUUCAGAUGACUUUAGGAUCUCAGUUGUCCUGAGGGCUGUUUCUAAAGUAAACAUGGAAAUUUUAAAAUGGGGUCUGAAAAUCUUUUGUCUUUGCUAAGACUUAACAAGUAAUAAGAAAAACUGGCUUUAGGGAGCGUGAUUUUAUUUCAGGGGUAUGAAAAACAUUUUAAUGUGCAAGCUGAUUUGCACAGACAUGACAGGUUUUUAUGAGCUUGAUUCCUCAGAAAUUUUGCCUUCCGUUGUGUUUCUUGGCCUUCUGAAGUUCAGAUAAGUACAUUCUUUUUCAGAAUGGAUUUAAGGAAGUAAAAGGGGAGUAAAUUAAAUUUGUGUGUAAUUAAGCAUUAAAAGCUAUGUUUUCCUCUUUAGGCCCCUGAUACUAAUACUAUCUAAAAUACCUUAGAGAUGCUCCAGAAUCUGGAUGUUGAUACUGCCUUCAGUUGUGCUGGCUUGUUUGUAUGGUGGUGUCUUAUCUUUUGUGUAGGUAACAGGAGCUCAUUAACCAUAAUUUGGUACACAUCUAGAACUGUUUGGCUAUAAAAGUGUAGCGUUCUUUGGGUAGUUGUUUCAAACUACAAAGUUGAUUAGGCCAAAUAGAUUAAUUUGGUUUAGAAUUUAAUAAAAAAACCUUCAUUGUUAUUAAAAAAAGGCUAACUGUCUUCUUUGUUUCUUUCAGUUCAGGCAGAAAACAAAGAUGCAUUGUAUUUUGUUGGACUGUUUCGUGUUGCCAAUAUAGAGUUUCUUCCAGAAUAUAGGCAGAAAGAAUCAAAGGAAUUCCUCUCUAUGGCACAGACUGUACAGCAUGUGAUGAACUUGGUUUACACAACUUCUUCUUUCUCCAAAUUUUACAAGCAGUCCACUGUCUCAGAAGUCAGUAACAACAACAAUGGAGGCCUUCUUAUUCAUUUCUGGAUCGUAUUUGUGGUACCACAGGCGAAGGGGCAAGUGCUGUGUGAGGAUUGUGUGGCUGCCAUUUUAAAGGAUUCCAUUCAGACAAGUAUCAUCAACCGGACUUCGGUGGGAAGUCUUCAGGGCCUUGCAGUCGACAUGGAUUCCAUUGUCCUAAGUGCAGGUCUUCGGUCAGAUUAUUGGUCAACAACGGGAACAGGAACAAAUUGCAUGUAUGAUCUCUAUGCUGACCAACUACAUGAGCACUUUCCUCUGGAUACCCAAGCUACCUCAGAGAGAACAAUCUGCUAUUUUAAGCUUAUUGCCUCUGUGGGCCACCUUGUCCGCCUUUCCAUAGUAUCCCUUCAGAUUGAAGCAGAUAACUGCAUCACUGACUCACUCACCAUUUAUGAUUCUCUGAUGCCAAUCAAAGAUAAGAUACUCUACCGAGCCUGUGAAUCAGCUGAUUCAUUGGUGUCACUUGUGUCCACAAAUAAUCUCAUGCUGGUAAUAUUUAAGGCAGCACAAGUAAAGGAGCAAAAGGAAUUCCAUGGCUAUUUUGAGGUCAUUACACAAGAAAGGUGUGGGAGAGCAAUAGUGACAAAAGAGGAAACAGGCUAUGAAGGGAGAAUCACAAGUCCAUAUUACCCAAGCUAUUAUCCUCCAAAAUGCCUGUGUGCAUGGAACUUCCAGACCCCACGGAAGAGCCUUGGUAUAGCUCUGAAGUUCCAUAACUAUACCAUUAGUGAGAAGAAUAUUAAAGGCUGUGAGCGAGGAUGGUGGAAAAUUAAUGAACACAUGUACUGUGGUUACUAUGUUGAUCACCAAACAGUGUUCCACGUCACAAGUUCUGCUGUCAGCGUGGAGUUGCAGUGCAGUUCGAAGGUCUCUGAGAGGCCCCUGCUGGUGGAAUAUGGCAGCUAUAACAUCAGCCAGCCAUGUCCACCUGGACAUUUCAAGUGUUCUACUGGCUUAUGCAUUCAGCAGAUGCAGCGCUGUGACGGCAUAAACAACUGCUUUGAUGAAAGUGAUGAACUAUCUUGUGUUGUCCCUGAGUGGAACUGUAACUCCAGCUUUGCAAUACAGGACAACUUGCUUGCCUGCAAUGGAGUAAGUGAUUGUGAGAAUGGAAGAGAUGAGCAGAACUGCACCCACAGUAUUCCCUGCACCAACUACACAUUCAAGUGCAGGAAUAACAUUUGCAUUAGGAAACAAUAUGCAAGGUGUGAUGGGACUGUGGACUGUGUUGACGGAAGUGAUGAAAGCAGCUGCAAUUGUGGCAAUAGCAAGAUCAGCAACCUCAUCCCUCGGAUUGUGGGUGGCUCAAACACUGAGGAAGGUGAAUGGCCCUGGCAGGUCAGCCUUCAUUUUGUGGGAGCUGCUUACUGUGGAGCAUCAGUGAUAUCGAAAGAAUGGCUUGUGUCUGCAGCCCACUGCUUUCAAGGGAGCAAGCUGGCUGACCCCAGAGCAUGGCGUGCCCACCUGGGCAUGCAGAUGCAGGGCCGUGCCAAGUUUGUGUCUGCGGUGCGGCGGAUUGUAGUGCACGAGUACUACAACGGCAGGAACUACGACUACGACAUUGCGCUGCUGCAGCUGAGUACGCCCUGGCCGGACACCAUGGGCCACCUCAUCCAGCCCAUCUGCCUACCUCCCUAUUCCCACAAAGCCCGCAGCGGGGACAAGUGCUGGAUAACAGGUUGGGGCCAAAAGCAGGAAGCAGAUAAUGAAGGUUCAGCAGUUCUUCAGAAAGCAGAGAUAGAAAUUAUUGACCAGACAUUAUGUCAUUCCACAUACGGGAUUAUCACAGCUAGGAUGUUUUGUGCUGGGCUAUCAUCUGGGAAAAGAGACGGGUGUAAAGGUGAUUCUGGUGGACCACUGUCAUGUCAAAGCAAUGGAAAUGGAAAAUGGUUUUUGACUGGCAUUGUGAGCUGGGGUUAUGGAUGUGGAAGACCAAAUUUUCCAGGUGUCUACACAAGAGUGUCAAAUUUUGCACCAUGGAUACACAAAUAUGUGCCUUCACUCUUGUAGCUUGAAAACUGUUUCCAUGGAAUAAAACAUGUCCUGGAUAUCUUCAUUAAAACCAUAUUUGGAGGAACUGUUCACAGGUGGAAUUUCUUUGCAUGUCUCUUGCUGAUUCUGGCUCACAUAUGGGGCUAAUAAGCACCAGGAAUUUGAGCUCUGGUGAAAAAGGAGGAGGCUGUUCCUUGUGGUGCUUGUUCCUUCCACGCAGAUGUCUGAAGACAUGGUGGGAGGUGCAACAAUAAACUUUGUUUUCAGGGCACCAACUAAAUGUAGGUGCAUUCACCUGUCAGGAAGCUGAAGAUACAAUUGAUUGUGUAAACAGAGAGCUUGAGGCUUACUCAUAAUUUCCUCUGAGAUGUGUGCAGCUAAUACAGAAGUAACAGUGAAGUAGCAGUGAACUGUUUGCACUCUGGCAAAUACUACUUCCACUACCUCUUCCAGCAAGGACAGAUGAUGAAAGAGAGAGGAGACACUGUAAAAAGUGAACUCGAUCCUUUCAAAUCCAUAGGGCCCAAAUUUUUGAAGAUCACAAAUUCUGCUGCUAUAAGUGAUUUGUCGCAUGCUUACUCCUUCUGCUUUCUUUUUAAUUAACUGCAUGAUUUGGAGCUACUAACUUUUCUUUCGUGCUUUCAUUUCUUUAUUUUCAAGUUCAUCCACCUAAGAAUUUGAAUUCUCAAGCUUCAGGCAACCUUAUCAAGAUGAAUAAACAUGAUGAUGUGUGUUAUUGCAAUGAUCUUGUC